GUUUCACAUUGAACUUCGUGUGAAUCUUGAAUUUCAAUGAAAUAAUCAGCUUUUCAUUUUUCAUUUUCUAUUUUUAAAAAAUUUAGCCUGAAAAUGGAGAUUUCGAGUGGAGGUUGUUCUCCUAGGAUUAGGUCUGAUCAUUUGAGGAAAGAGGGAUCCGAGGAAACCCCUUUACAACAAGGUUUAGAGUUGGAAGUCUCUGAUCGUGUUCAUUAUGGUGAUCAUCACAAUAAUCAAAUCCAAUCGAUGAAUGCUUUGGAUAUUCUGAGAGAGACUGUCAGGAUUCUUAGGUUUAAUUCGUGGGGUUUCAUGGCAAUCACUGUUAUGCUCAUUUGUCCUGUUUCUGCUGUGCUUCUGUCCAAUGUGAUGGUGGAUGAGUCUAUUGUGAAGAAUCUUAGUAUUAGGCUUAUGUUGGUUGCCAAAACUAGUGGUCUCCCUCUGAGACCUCUUAUCAAACAAUCUUGCCAGCGUUUUGCGGAGAUGGUGAUUUCUUCUGCCAUGUGUUUCCCUUUGUAUGCCACGUUGUUGUUAUUGUCAAAAGCUGCGGUUGUGUAUUCUGUAGAUUGUACUUAUUCGAGAAAGAAGUUUGAUUAUUCCAAGUUUUGUGUGAUUAUCGCUAAGUUUUGGAGGAAGAUUGUUUCGACGUAUAUGUGGGCUUGUACAGUUGUAGUUGGUUGCAUCACCAUGUUCUGUGUGUUCCUUGUUGCAUUCUGCAGUGCAUUAGCUGUUCUUGGAUUUUCUCCAGAUGUUGUUGUGUAUGCUGCGGUGAUGGUAGGGCUAGUUUUCUCUGUUGUGUUUGCCAAUGCCAUAAUCAUUUGCAACAUUGCAAUGGUGAUCUCUGUGCUGGAGGAAGUUUCGGGUGCGCAGGCAAUGCUGCGGUCCAGUAUGUUAAUCAAGGGUCAAACUCAGGUGGGUCUACUGAUAUUUCUUGGAUCAACAAUAGGAAUGGCCUUUGUGGAGGGUUUGUUUGAGCACAGGGUAAAGACACUGAGCUAUGGUGAUGGAUCUUCAAGAAUGUGGGAAGGGCCGCUCUUGGUCAUAAUGUAUUCAUUUGUGGUGCUUAUAGAUUCCAUGAUGAGUGCAGUUUUCUAUUUCAGUUGUAGAUCUUCUAGCAUGGAGAUCUCAGAUGGUGGAGGCAAUUCAAUUUUAGAAACUAUGGCCAUUUCUGCUGAAACAAUUGGCAUUCAAUGACAUUUCCAGCAUUAUUUUCAUUAUACCAAUUGAAUUAAUAAGAUGAAGAGGGAAGCCGUAAGAGAUUGUUCCCAGCAAAUUGUGUUGCCAUUGAGGAACCUUGGAAUAAUACUUCUUCAUAACAUUAGAUAUGAGAGCUACAUUGGAUA